AUGAAGGGCUUGGCUAUUUGCACCGCCGGCUUCCUGGCAUUCGCCAGUCAGGUAUCGGGCCACUAUAUCUUCCAACAGCUGACCGCAAAUGGUGUCAAAAAUCCGGCUUUCACAUAUGUUCGAAAGAACAGCAACUAUAACUCCCCCGUCACAGAUCUCAGCAGCAACGACCUCCGUUGUAAUGCUGGAGGGGAGAGUGGAUCCGCCACCGAAACCGUUUCCGUCGCUGCAGGCUCAUCCAUAACCUUCACCCUCGAUACAGCAGUCUACCACCAAGGCCCCAUCUCCGUGUACAUGGCUAAGGCCCCUUCAACUGCAGCAGCAUUCGACGGUUCAGGUGCCGUGUGGUUCAAGAUCCUUGAUAUUGGUCCAAAAUUCCCGGGCGGAACCUGGGAUAUGUCGCAAACAUAUACCGUUUCCCUCCCCAAGUGCGUCCCCAACGGCGAAUACCUCGUCCGUAUCCAAUCCCUCGCCAUCCACAACCCAUAUCCCGGCGGAACACCACAAUUCUACGUCGGCUGCGCACAAGUCGCCAUCACUGGUGGGGGAUCAACAGACUUGGGUCCUAAGGUUGCUAUCCCUGGUGCGUUCAAGGCAACCGACCCAGGAUACACGGCCAACAUUUACAAUCAAUUCACGAGCUACACCGUCCCAGGCCCAGCAGUUGCCACUUGUUAA